GCUGAUUCCAGCCAUUCUUAAGCAUCUAGGCUCAUACUGUCCUCGGGGUUAGCUUUCGCUUCCGUGACUGGAAGAGUGGUGCGGUGCUGGUGUCCGAGGCCACAGAAGGACCCUGCACUAUGCAUAAACCAGGUGUGUUUGACUUUGACAAUAAAGCCAAGCAGGAUGCACGGAAGGAAACUGCCAUGGACCUCAAAUCCAGUUUGAGUUCAUCUGAAACCUCGAGCCAGGGAAAGGGUGGAGCUGAUAAAAAAGCCCAGGAGUCUAAGGACAUCCUGGUAACGUCUGAAGAUGGCAUCACAACGAUCACAUUCAAUCGGCCCUCCAAAAAGAACGCCAUAAGCUUCCAGAUGUAUAAGGAUAUUAUGCUCGCACUUAAAAAUGCCAGCACGGAUAACUCAGUCAUAACUGUUUUCACAGGAGUUGGUGACUACUACAGCAGUGGGAAUGACCUAAGAAAUUUCAUUAAUGAUGCCGGUGAAAUACAGGACAAGGUCACAAUGUGUGCUGUGCUACUGAGGGAAUUUGUAAACACUUUUAUAGACUUUCCCAAGCCUCUGGUUGCAGUAGUCAAUGGCCCAGCUGUGGGAAUCGCUGUCACCCUUCUGGGACUAUUUGAUGCCGUCUAUGCAUCGGACAGGGCAACAUUUCAUACUCCGUUCAUUCACCUUGGCCAGAACCCGGAAGCCUGCUCCUCUUACACAUUUCCAAAGAUGAUGGGCUCAGCAAAGGCAGCUGAGAUGCUUCUCUUUGGGAAGAAACUCACAGCAAGAGAAGCUUGGGCUCAAGGUCUUGUCACUGAAGUUUUCCCUGAAAGCACUUUUGAGACAGAAGUCUGGACCAGGCUGAAAACAUAUGCGAAGCUUUCACCAAAUGGAAUGAGAGUUUUCAAAGAGUUAAUCAGAAACCACGAGAGACAAAAGCUAUAUACUGUUAAUGCUGAAGAAUGUGCUGUGGGCCAGGAAAGGCUGAAGUCAGAGGAGUGGAAGGAUGCACUCAGAAACUUCUUGUCCAGAAAGGCAAAGCUGUGAAGACCCUGAGAGCAGCUAGACUUCUCAGGGGAAGGAUGCGCUGUGAGUUCCAGUUUCAAGUGCCUGAACUACACAAACUCCUCUGUGCCCCUUUUGAUUACCAGUUAUGAUGAGUGUGCUUCAGUUAUAAACAAUAAAAACUUCCAUAAAACCA